AUGCAUUUCCCCCGGUUUCUCCUCGCUGCAGCUGCAACCACCAUGGCCUCCGCUACCGCCAUCCCAUCCGCGUCGAGCCCCGCCGUCGUCCUUACCCCGGGCGCAUGGCACGGCCCCUGGGCUUACGACCUGCUCAUCCCGGAACUUACCGCGCUCGGCCUGUCCAGCAGCACCGUCACCCUGGCCACCGUUGGUACCACCGACUCCGACGUCGGCGUGGCUGACGAUGCCGCCGCCGCACGUGCAGAGGUCCUGAAGCAGCUGGAUGCGCCCGGUGAGCGUGAUGUGGUCCUCGUCGGCCACUCGUACGGCGGAGUAGUCAUCUCCAACGCCGUUGAGGGCUUGUCGGUGGCUGACCGCAAGGCCGCCGGCAAGAAGAACGGCGUAAUUGGCGUUCUGUACAUGACUGCAUUUGCCAUCCCCGCCAAUACCAGCCUGCUUGAUGCCGUGGAUGGCAGCUUGCCUGAUUGGUGGAACAUCACUGGCCAAUUCUUCAACCCCAUCAACCCGGCUCACGUCUUCUACAACGACAUUACGGACCAGGCCCUGGUUGCCAGCUACGUCGCCAAGCUCAAGUCCAUGCCGUGGAAGAUGGUGACGGACAAGACCCAGUUCGCGCCCUGGAACAGCGGCUUCAACGUCGGCUACAUCCACGCCCAGCUGGACAACGCCAUCGUGCUUCCCGUGCAGAACGCCAUGGCCAGCGCGUUCCCUGCCGACUCGUUCGUCGCCUCCCUCAACACCAGCCACUCGCCUUUCCUCUCGCAGCCCAAGAAGACGGCCGAGACCAUCAACGACGCUGUGGUGCACUUUGUCAACAAGAAGACCGUGUAA